AUGCCCAGGAAACGUGUGCCGGAAAAAAAUGAGGCACCCAAAGCGAAACGGACGAAAGUCAGCCAUCGCUCGCAUCAAACAGAGGCGGGCCUGGUGUUGACCUUAGGGCAGGGGGAUCUCGGCCAGCUGGGCCUAGGACCUGACGUCCUGGCGAGGAAAAGGCCUGCCUUGGUCAAGCUCCCCGAGAAGAUCAUCCAGGCCGAAGCAGGAGGGGUUCACACGGUGUGCCUCAGCGAGACAGGCAAAAUCUACACCUUUGGCUGCAAUGAUGAAGGGGCUUUGGGGCGCGACACUUCGGAGGAGGGGUCUGACUCUGUGCCAGGGCUUGUUGACCUGAAGGAGAAAGUGGUGCAGGUCUCUGCCGGCGACAGCCACACGGCGGCGUUGACGGAGGACGGGCGCGUGUUCAUCUGGGGAGCGUUUCGGGAUGAAAACGGUGUCAUUGGCUUACUGGCUCCCGGAAAGGGUGUCGAGGGACUUGAAUCCAAGAGCGGCAGUUCUGUCCCUGUCGAGCUACAGCUGGACGUGCCAAUUGUAAAAAUUGCUUCAGGGAGCCAUCACUUGGCAUUAGUGUCCAAGGAAGGGAGCCUUUAUACCUGUGGUUGUGGAGACAAUGGCCAGUUGGGCCGAGUGCCCCAAAUUUUCACUGCCCGGGGAGGUAGACGAGGAUUGGAACGCCUGCUGCUCCCCCAGCCUGUUCCCCUCAAGCAGAGAGGCAGUAAGAACAAAGGGCACAUCCGUGACGUCUUCUGUGGCUCCUAUUCCACCAUAGCCCUCACCCAGGAGGGACAUGUCAUUGGGUUUGGCCUCUCCAAUUACUACCAACUGGGUUCUCAAAGCAUCGACACUUACUAUUCCCCGAAGAUUCUGACGGCAUUCAAGAACUCCACCAGAUCCUGGGUUGAAUUCUCUGCCGGGCAACAUCAUACUGUGUGCCUGGAUUCGGAAGGCACAGUGUAUAGUCUUGGCAGAGCAGACUACGGCAUGUUGGGCCUGGGAGAGGGCACUGAAGAGAAGAACACACCCACUGCCAUCCCCGGGCUGGCAAAGGCAUCCUCCGUCGCCUGUGGAGAACGGGUUGGCUAUGCAGUUACAGAAGAUGGGCGAGCAUUUGCCUGGGGCAUGGGAUCGAACCUGCAGCUGGCCACAGGGGAUGAAGAGGACGCCUGGAGCCCUGUUCAGAUGUCGGGCCAGCAGCUGGAGAACCGCACCAUCCUCUCUGUGACGGGCGGCGGUCAGCACACGGUUUUGCUAGUCAAGGAUCAGCAGAGUUGACAAACUGGCAUUGGUGAUCCCAGAAAGAA